AUGGCGGAGGGAUCAAAUCGCCCAAACAGUACAAUCUACGUUGGCGGUCUCGACACCAAUCUUGUGACCGCCACAACUCUCUCGGAAGCGUUCGUCCCAUUUGGCGAAAUAGUGGACAUAACUCUGCCCAAGCCUGAGGCGCCGUCUUCGACGGAUUUACACCGCGGCUUUGGAUAUGUUGAAUUCGAGGAUGCGGCCGAUGCAAAGGAAGCAAUCGACAACAUGGAUCAGAGUGAGCUUUACGGACGGGUGAUCAAGGUAGCAAUGGCCAAACCCGACAGAAAGGAAACCGGACAAGUUGGUUUGGGUAGCACCACCGCUAUCUGGGAACAAGUGAGUGUGGCUGAAAAUUGUCGAUGCUUUAUGUUUAGUUUGGUCAUUCUUUCGCUUGUUAGACUAAGGAGGAAGAGUGCUAACCUUGUGGCAAUCAAGGAGGACUAUCUAGCAAAAUAUGGCACAGCGAACGAGGAUAAGGCUGCUGUGGAAAGCGCAAAGAACGAGAGGCCCGCAGAUCCCAUGGAUGGAUUAGAGGGUCUAGACGUUGCUGGGCCGAAACCCGAGUGA